AUGGAAAAUGCAACAAGUCAAAGUAAUCUUGAUACAGGUGAUAAUGCUUGGAUGAUGAUAUCUACUGCAUUAGUUUUACUGAUGACACCAGCAUUAGCUUUUUUCUAUGGUGGUCUUGUUGAUAGAAAAAAUAUUCUAAAUCAACUUUUUCUAUCAUUUAUAUGUAUGGGUAUUGUUUUCUUACAAUGGAUUUUAUUUGGUUUUUCAUUUGCAUUUGGUCCUCCAGUGAGUGCUGGUUUUGGAUCAUUUGGAUGGGCUGUAUUACGUUUUGGUGAAAAUGAUAAUACAAUCUAUAAUCCAACAUAUCCAUUAUUAACAUA